AUGAUCAGACAUACACUAUAUUGCCAAAAGUAUUGGGACAACCCCCCCAAAUCAUUGGAUGCCAGUGUUUCAAUCACCUCCAUGGUGGUCACAGGUGUAUAAAAUCAAGCACCUAGACAUGCAGACUGCUUCUACAAACAUUUGUGAAAGAAUGGGUCGCUCUCAGGAGCUCAGUGAAAUCAAGCGUGGUACUGUGAAAGGUUGCCACCAGUGCAAUAAGUCCAUCAGUGAAAUUUCCUUGCUACUAAAUAUUCCACGGUCAACUGUUAGUGGUAUUAUAACAAAUUGGAAGCAACUGGGAACAACAGCAACUCAGCCACAAAGUGGUAGGCCACGUAAAAUGACAGAGCAGGGUCAGCGCAUGCUGAAGCGCACAGAAUAAAUAAACCCCCAACUGUCUGCAGAGUCAAUAGACCUCCAAACUUUGUGUGGCUUUCAGAUUAGCAGAACAAAAAUGCAUAGAGAGCUUCAUGGAAUAGGCUUCCAUGGCUGGGCAGCUGCAUCCAAGCCUUACAUCACCAAGUGCCAUGCAAAGCAGCGGAUGCAGUGGUGUAAAGCAUACCGCCACUGGAUUCUAGAGCAGUGGGGAUGUGUUCUCUGGAGUGAUGAAUCAUGCUUCUCUGGCAAUCUGAUAGAUGUGUCUGAGUUUGGCAGUUGCCAGAAGAAUGGUACUUGCUUGACUGCAUUGUGCCAAGUGUAAAG